GCCGGGCCGUCCCGUGAGACGAGAGAUGUAGAGAAUGACGCGGCGGCCUGCGGACAUGGGGGAGGGGCCCGGCCGAGGCGAGGCCGGCUGUCCCGGGUCUGUGGAGUCCCCCCGGGAGGGGCCGGCUUCCCGGAGCAGGAAGGCCGUGGCGCUCCCCAGCUGCUCUUGUAACAGUGCCUCGCGGCGCCCGAGACCAAGAGCCUGGGUUUGAUUUCGCCUCCGGAUCAUCUCAGCAUGGGGAGGAUCAGCGUCUCCUGCUUGUUUCCUGCUUCCUGGCAUUUUAGCAUCUCCCCAGUGGGAUGCCCUCGAAUCCUGAACACCAACCUGCGCCAGAUUGUGGUCGUCGGCAUCCUGGCUGCUGCGGUUUCCCUGCUGUACUUUUCUGUCAUCAUCAUCCGGCAUAAGUAUGGGCGCUUGUCCCGGGAUAAGAAGUUUCACAGGUACCUGGCUCGCGUGACAGACAUCGAAGCCACUGACACCAGCAACCCCCACAUCAAUUACGGGAUCGUGGUGGACUGCGGGAGCAGCGGGUCGCGGAUCUUCGUCUACUGCUGGCCCCGGCACAACGGCAACCCGCACGAUCUGUUGGACAUCAGACAGAUGAGGGACAAGAACCGGAAGCCGGUGGUGAUGAAAAUAAAACCGGGCAUAUCAGAGUUUGCUACCUCUCCGGAAAAAGUCAGUGAUUAUAUUUCUCCACUUCUGAGUUUUGCUGCAGAACACGUGCCACGGGGAAAACACAAAGAGACCCCUCUCUAUAUCCUCUGUACGGCUGGGAUGAGAAUCCUUCCGGAAAGUCAGCAAAAAGCCAUCCUGGAAGAUCUUCUGACAGACGUCCCAGCACAAUUUGACUUUUUGUUCUCCGACUCUCAUGCCGAGGUUAUUUCAGGGAAGCAGGAAGGUGUCUAUGCUUGGAUUGGCAUUAACUUUGUCCUUGGGCGAUUUGAGCACAUUGAAGAUGAUGAUGAGGCCGUGGUAGAAGUGAACGUUCCUGGAGCUGAGAGCCAAGCAGCCAUUGUCCGCAAAAGGACAGCGGGUAUUCUGGACAUGGGCGGAGUGUCUACCCAGAUAGCGUACGAAGUCCCCAAAAGUGUAAGCUUUGCCUCCUCACAGCAGGAAGAAGUAGCCAAAAAUUUGCUUGCUGAAUUUAACCUGGGCUGUGACGUCCAUCGCACGGAGCACGUGUACAGGGUGUACGUCGCCACCUUCCUUGGCUUUGGCGGCAACGCGGCCCGGCAGCGCUACGAGGACAGCAUAUUCGCCAGCACCCUGCUGAGGAACAGGCUCCUGAGUAAGCAGACAGGUCUAACUUCCGAUACUCCCUACCUGGACCCUUGCCUUCCCUUAGACAUCAGGGACGAAAUUCAGCAGAACGGGCAGACCAUGUACCUUCGGGGAACCGGGGACUUCACCCUGUGCCGGAAGACGCUCCAGCCUUUCAUGAACAAGACCAACGAGACCCAGACUUCCCUCAAUGGGGUCUAUCAGCCUCCAGUUCAUUUCCAGAACAGUGAAUUCUACGGCUUUUCAGAAUUCUACUAUUGCACUGAGGAUGUGUUAAGAAUGGGAGGAGAUUACAAUGCUGCUAAGUUUAUUAAAGCUGCCAAGGAUUAUUGUGCAACAAAGUGGUCUGUCUUGCGGGAACGCUUUGACCAGGGCCUGUAUGCCUCUCAUGCUGACCUCCAUAGGCUGAAGUAUCAGUGCUUUAAAUCCGCCUGGAUGUAUGAGGUGUUUCACCGAGGCUUCUCAUUCCCAGUUAAUUAUAGCAAUCUAAAGACGGCCUUGCAGGUGUACGACAAGGAAGUGCAGUGGACGCUGGGAGCAAUCCUCUACAGGACCCGGUUUUUGCCUUUGAGAGACAUCCAGCAGGAGACCUUCCGGGCGGGCCAUGCGCACUGGCGGAGCUUCUCGUUUGUCUACAACCACUACCUGUUCUCGGCCUGCUUCCUGGUCGUCGUCCUCUCCAUCCUGCUCUACCUGCUGCGCCUGCGGCGGAUUCACCGGCGCGUGCUGUGGAGCGGCUCGGCGUCCUCCCUCUGGAUGGAGGAAGGCCUCCCCCCCCAGAAGAUGGCUGGAGCCUUGUGAGCCGGGGCACAAGGGUCCGGGGAGACUCAGAAAGAAAAAGCCAUUUUUGCCUCAGGGGUUCUUUUCAUUUCUCCCUUUUUUUUUUUCCUCCCCAUUUGGUCCCUUCAAAUAACAACAAAACAAUUUUUAAAA